UAUGGAUGAGAAGGAUGCAGAAAGCAUCUGGACCUCAUUAAAGAGUGCUAUUCAAGAGAUAAUAGAGAUACCGAAGACAAGAUACUCUGGCCUCAGUUUUGGAGAACUUUAUCGCAAUGUUUACAUGAUGGUUAGUCACAAUUACGGCGAACGAUUAUACACGGGACUAAAGGAAGUCCUAACGCAACAUCUUGAAAACAAAAUGCGAGAGGAUGUUCGCCGUUCCUUCCAUAACAACUUCCUACAAACUUUAAAUCUAGCAUGGAAAAAUCAUCAAACGUCAAUGCAGAUGAUCAGUCAAAUCUUGUUGUACAUGGAUAGAGUGUAUAAUUUUCAACAGAAUAAUGUAGACAAUGUGUAUAAUCUUGGGUUAAUUAUUUUUCGAGAUCAGAUAGUCAGAUAUGAAUGUGUUAAAGAACAUUUACGGGAAACAUUAUUAGGUAUGAUUGCGAGGGAAAGAAGAGGAGAAGUUGUAGAUGUAGAUCGUAGCGCUAUAAAAAAUGCCUGCCAAAUGUUAAUUACACUUGGAAUUAACAAUCGCCAAGUUUAUGAGGAAGAUUUUGAAAGGCCUUUUUUACAACAAAGUGCUGAGUUUUAUAGAGGGGAAUCUCAAAAAUUGCUAACAGAAAAUAGUGCAUCGGAAUAUAUAGAAAAGGUUGAAGCUAGAAUCCGCGAAGAAUCUGAAAGGGCAAAACAUUAUUUAGAUGAAUCAACUGAAUCACGGAUAGUAAAAGUUGUAGAAGAAGAGUUAAUCAAAGUGCACAUGAAAACCAUUGUUGAGAUGGAAAACAGUCGUGUAGCACAGAUGCUCAAAAAUCAGAAAACGGAAGAUCUUGGUAAAAUGUAUAAACUAUUUUCGAGAGUAUCAGACGGAUUUCGCAUUGUGUGCGACUGUGUAUCUCAGUUCCUCAGAGAGCAGGGCCGCGCGUUAGUGCAAGAAGAGCAUGAAUCAACCACAAAUGCCGUUCUUUACGUCCAAAACUUGUUAGAUCUAAAAGAUCGCUUUGAUCAUUUUCUACGUUAUUCUUUCAAUAAUGACAAAAAUUAUAAACAGAUGAUAGUAUCAGAUUUUGAGAACUUCCUUAAUUCGAAUCCUAAAAGCCCGGAAUAUCUGUCGCUAUUUAUCGACGACAAAUUGAAGAAAGGCGUUAAAGGAAUGACAGAGCAGGAGAUUGAAGGAAUCCUAGAUAAAACUAUGGUUUUAUUCCGUUUGUUACAAGAAAAGGAUAUAUUUGAACAGUACUAUAAAAAACACUUAGCCAAACGAUUAUUGUUGAAUAAGUCUGUUUCAGAUGAUAGUGAAAAGAAUAUGAUAUCCAAACUUAAGACUGAAUGUGGAUAUCUGUUCACAUCAAAGUUAGAAGACAUGUUUAAGGAUUUAACAGUCAGCAACAUUAUUAUGGAUGAAUUUAAGGAUCAUGUUCGUACAUCUGGCACAAAUCUACAUGGUGUGGAUCUAAGUGUCCGAGUGCUCACAACUGGUUUCUGGCCAAUGCAAUCAGCCACUCGAAAAUGCAGUAUGCCCACUGCUCCGCGUGAUGCCUUUGAUGCCUUCCGGCGCUUCUACCUAGCUAAACAAAGCGGUCGACAAUUAACGUUACAGCCACAAUUAGGUUCUGCUGAUCUAAACGCUGUAUUUUAUGGACCACGAAGAGAAGAGAGUAAUUGCGGAGGCUUGAAUACUCCAUCAUCUUUGAGUUCUAUUGGGAAUGAUAGCGCAAGCAGCGGCUUAGUAAGCCAGCGAAGCAGCAUGUGUAGUGCACCACGAAAGCACAUAAUACAAGUUUCCACUUACCAAAUGUGUGUGUUAAUGCUGUUCAAUAAAAGAGAAGGGUUAACAUAUGAGGAAAUUCAAGGUGAAACCGAUAUUCCAGAGAGGGAUUUGGUCAGAGCAUUGCAAUCUCUUUCCAUGGGUAAAGUUACACAAAGAAUUUUACUUAAACAUCCUCGUACCAAGGCAAUUGAAUCUACGGAUUGUUUCUGUGUGAACGACAGUUUUAACAGUAAAUUACAUAGAGUAAAGAUCCAGACCGUAACCGCAAAGGGAGAAUCCGAACCUGAGAGAAUAGAGACGCGCAAUAAAAUCGAUGAAGACCGGAAACACGAGAUCGAAGCAGCCAUCGUACGAAUUAUGAAAGCCCGAAAGUGUAUGCCUCAUAAUAUACUGGUAACAGAGGUAACAGAACAGUUAAGAGGUCGAUUUUUGCCUUCACCUGUAAUAAUUAAGAAACGUAUCGAAGGCUUAAUCGAACGAGAGUACUUGGCUCGUACAGAGGAAGAUUUGAAGGUGUAUACAUAUGUUGCUUAAUGCUGAAUUCAAACAUGAAUAUAUUAUUGGGAAGUUUAUCGAAAAUGGUAAAAUAUUGAGUACGGCCGAUAUUGCAAAUACAAAGACAAAAAAAAAUAGAGAAUGGGUCAUUAUUGAGUACUGAAAACUGUAGGAUGAUGUGUUUACAUCCAUUAUAAAAUAUUUGAUUUGAAUUAGACAACUUGUACACUUAAUAGUUAUAUAGCGUUUCUAAUGAUGCGAAAUACAAUUAAGUUAUACCGAAGAUGAUUCACAUUGAUAAUACCACGCGCAAUUAGAAACUUUUUUACACUUGUAAGACUGUGAUUGUCUAUGAUAACAAAUGCUAUCUGAAUAUGUCGUGAUGAAUUUAGAAAAAAAAAUGGUACAUUUACAUAUAGUUUUAUUUAUGUUGAUGUCUAUCAAUUAUAUAUGUAAAUAACUGAUGUGAAUAUAUUAUUAAGAAUGGACUUGUCUCAUUUCCAACAACUCAAUAUUAUUUUUCAAGUUUGCACUCCACACCCCUAAAUGUGUGUUUGUUUAUCUUCUUACAUAAAAAACAUAUGAAUUCACAAGUGUUAAUUUUCAUCUAAGUCCAUUUUUGGAUAUA